GGGGUGGCCGAAGUAAUUCUUGGACUAAAGUUGACUAGAUCAACUGAAGGAAUUUCUAUUUCUCAGUCGCAUUAUAUUGAAAAAUUAAUUGAGAAAUUUGGAUUUAAAAAUAGUAGAAUUGCUAAAACACCCUAUGAUCCUUCAGUAGCUUUGUAUAAAAAUGAAAGUGGUGUUCCUGUGUCUCAAUUAAGAUAUUCUCAGAUGAUUGGUAGCUUGGGUUACUUAGCUAACUGUACUAGACCUGAUAUUGCAUUUUCAGUGUCUAAGUUAAGUCGGUACACUUGUUGUCCGAAUAGAACUCAUUGGGAAGCCUUAGAUAGAGUAUUUAGAUACUUAAAAGGAACUAUUUCCUUGUGUUUGCAUUACGGUAAAUAUCCUCCUGUUCUUGAGGGAUAUAGUGAUGCAAGCUGGAUAGCUAAGAACUCCGGGAGUUAUGGAUGUACCGGUUAUGUGUUUACGUUUGGUGGUGGGGCCGUUGCCUGGAAGUCCACUAAACAAACAAUACUUUCUCGGUCUACUUUUGAGGCUGAAUUGUGUGCGUUGGAUACUACUGGAAUUAUGGCUGAAUGGUUUAUGGGACUAAUGUCUGAGUUACCUAUAUUCAGCAAGCCAAUUCCACCUAUUUGUUUGCAUUGUGAUAGUAUGAGCACAAUUACAAAAAUUAGGAGUACCAAGUAUAAUCAAAAGACUAGGAGACACAUUCAAGUUAGAUUAAAAACUAUAAGGAAAUUUGUGUCUCAAGGGGUGUUUGCUGUUGAUUUUGUUGGAUCCAAAGAUAAUACAGCGGACCCUUUAACAAAAGGACUUGAUUUAAAUCAAGUGAUAAAAUCCAGGUUAGGAAUGGGACUGAAACCCAACAAUUAUUCAACUACGGUAGCAACCCAACCUAUCUGAGUGGAGAUCCCACAAAGUAGGUUCAAUGUGGUAUAAACAAACCGUAGAGUGAAUUGUGCAUCUCAUUAAAAUAUUUAAUGAGUUCUAUUCCUUGAUAAGCCUGAGAGAUGCUGAAAUUGCUAAGUAAGUAAGAGUUUAAGACUCUGAAUGGGAUCGAGCUUUAAUUAAUAGCAGAGUGUUAGCAAUGCACUCUUGGAGAUGCCCAACUAUGAGAAUGUUAUUGUGUGGCCGCAAUAAGAGAAUAGGGGUUAAUUCUCGAUGACAUUCUUGAGACAGGAUCGGGACGCACGGCCGUAAAGCGUCAACCCUAUAGAUCGUUGCCAUUGCCAUUAGUGUGUUGCUUUUAUCCCACGCCAACACUAUCAAGGUUCGAGUUCAAGAACUCUGUUCACUCAGUUCCUGUGGGGGUUAGGGAUAAAAGCUUAGAAGUUGGUUCAAACCGGAAGGUACCAUAUUCGAAAGCACACUAUGUCUGUUAGAGUCUAGUCUACAACUAUGGAUUUGUGGGGGAUUGUUGGAAAAAUGAUGAUAUAAAUGUUAUUGUUUUUAGUUCUCUUAGAGUUCUAAAAUAAUAUGUAUAAAAUAUGAAUUGAGUGUGGCUUAUUAUACAUCAAAGAACAAUUUUUUACGUUUGGAUUUAUAUCAUUUAAUGAUUAAAAUCCAUAGUUGUAAAGAUUGUAAAAGUGAUGUAUUGAGAAUUUUUGUUCUAUUUAUAAAAUGAUUGGUCUUCUUUAGAUGUUAUAUGAUAAAGGAACGUUAUUCAAGUAUCAUAUAAAGUGGCUUAGAAAUUAUCCUAUGAGAAUCACUUAUUCGUACAGAUAAAAUUAAAUGAGUACGGAAUAAGAAUGUCUGGGAUGUAAUUUCAAGCUAGUGGCCUAUCUAAUUUUAGAACAAAUGUUCAAAUUAUGUUUUAUUUAUCAUUUUAUAAUGAUAAAUACGCAUGUGGCUAUUAAACAUAUUUCGGAAGUUUCAAAAUUGAAAUUUUGAAGUGAGUGUCCGAUGUAUGAGGUGUGAGCUUGGUCAAUAUUGUUUGUGAUCCUAAUUUCUUGGAUGGUGGAUGCAAAUUGAUAGGACCGCACUCAAAUUGAUAUAUUUUAUUUUGAUUUCCAAAUUUAAAAAUCUAUCCACAUGCAUGCUCUCGGUUAAUACACAUACGUAUGAAUAAAAGCCAGUCUACACUCCGAUUCAUUUUGCUUACUUACGCAAUACAGAGCACUGAGAAGAAUAGAAAAGGCUUCAUUUUUUUUCUUUCACUGAUUUUACCCUUGUACCGAGAGCAUAUUAAAUCCAUAGCAUCCUCAUAAAGUUUUUAUCUACUUAACGAGUCUACGGCAUAUUGGGCAACGGUCGAAGGUUUCAGUCAAGGUAGCUACAAGUCUGAAACGGUGUAGGAUUAUCCUGGGAGCGAGUUGGCCAGUCCCGUUCGAGUAGCUAUCGAGAUACGGGGGCUAUCUUUCUUCAAGGCCAGUCCGGUUAACGGACGAUCUUACGCUAAGUCUUUCUUUCUUUACUUUUUACAUUAAUAUUUUAUAUCUAAUUGUUGUUAUUAUUUUAUUUGUUCUUGCAUUUGGUGGUUUGUCUGGUGAUUUGUGAUUAAACUCGGGAUUUUAUCUGACUGAACUCGCAUUAUUUAUACUAUCUUUCUAACACAUAUUUAUUCUAUCAGAAAGUGAAGGUAAUGGGUCUUCCUCAUACUAUAGUCUUAACCAAUAGAUCUAAUGUUAGGACACAUGUAGACAUGUAGUAUCAGAACUAUUAAGCAGGUGAAUGCUUUAGUUUGUAUGAUUAGUUGCUAAUAUUCACAUAUUACUAAUUUAGUUGUUAAGAAUCACUCCAUGAUUUUAUAUCUUAGUUUUGAUUUGGUAUUCAAAUAUAUUUCCUCUUGAUGAAACAGUUUUGAUGUACAUCAAAACUAUGCUAAUUUUAAGAUAAAACUAAGCCAAAAAAUGACACUUUUAAGAAGACUUCUACAGAUUGUCGCUAUUUUUAGACUUUGGCUCUGCGUAGUACUUUAAAAGUCCCCAUUUUUAUUCCAAUUAUUUUAUUCUAUUCUAUUCUUGAAAUAUCUGUUUUUCUGCAAAUAUGAACUUUGAUGUGUAGAAAAUUUCUUUAAGGUGUUUGCUUUGGCUUAGUUAGUUAGUUCAUCUUAAGAAUGAUUGUAUGAGUAUGUCUUUCACAUAAGAAUCCAAGAUUUAAACUUGGUUAUAUAACCAACAACAAAUCUAUGUUUUAAACUUGGUAUGGUAACCAACAACAAGUUCCUUGGUUUUCAGGUGAAUUGGGGCACCAGAAGGUGAAGAGAGUUUGGAAGAGAUGUGUGGGUGGUUCUGGCGCUGGACCUAAUCGUCUUCAUCAUUUUAUUCAUAAUCUGCCUAUGGGUUUGCAGGGGUUUGAAGUGCAUUGAUGGCUGAACAUAUUUUUGAUUGAUCUCGAUCAAUUUUUCCAUCUUGCUGAAUCAUGAUGGAUUACCCCCGUACAUCCUUUUUCUUAUAUGAAUUUUCCAUCUUAUAUGAUGUUGUAUCUUGUGAGCACAUAUAAUUGGAUUUAUUAUAUGUAAUAUCAUUAUCAUUGAGUAAUACUGUUGUCUUUACCCAAUUCUUUUUUUGCUAUAAAAAAUCCCAACUUCUGGAG